AUGGCCGCAACUCAAACGUUUCCUGUUGUUGAGUAUUUUUGAAAUGAGCGUUACAGAUGUGGCUAUUGUGGAUGUGCAGAUACCAAUUAUUCACAUGGUAUGUGGGCACAUUCCAUGACAGUGCAAGAUUAUCAAGAUCUUUUGGACAGAGGAUGGAGAAGGAGUGGCAAGUACUGUUACAAACCAACCAUGAAGCAAACCUGCUGUCCUCUAUACACCAUUCGCUGUGAGGUGCUCAACUUCAAACUGCGCAAGUCACAAAAAAAGGUUUUAAAAAAGGUCAACAAGUACUUGAUUGAAGGCAUCAAGCCCACCAGUGACAAGGAUGAUGACAAUCCUCUGGGUGAUCAGGAUGACUUUGUUGAUGGUGAAAACCAGUCUGAACAAAAUCCGGGUACUCAGGCGGCAACUUUAGAUCAGGAACAUAUUGCCGAAGAUCUGAGUGGCUCAGAAAAAGAACAUAAAGUUCCGAGAAAAGGAACCGGUCCAGAUCCAACCAAACCACCCUGCAAAAAGGCCAAGGAACUCCGGCGUGAGAGGAAAUUGGCAAAAAUGGCAAAUAAAAUAGAUGGCACAUCCGCUUCCGAGACGGCCGCCGUCAGCAGCAUCAAAGGGAAGCAAGCAGGGAAGACACUUGAAGACUACAUAUCAGAGCCCAGUAAAGCAGCAAAAUGUGCUCACAAAUUAGAAAUCAAAUUAGUAAGGUCUGGCCCCCAAUCGAGCGAGUUUCAAUCAAGCUAUUCCUCAUCGUAUGAUGUGUACAAGCGCUAUCAAAUGGCCGUACAUGGCGAUGAUGAGAAGGAGUGUUCUAAACGAGCCUAUGACGGGUUUCUUGUUGAAACACCGCUGGAGGCAGAUCAUCCUGGCGGCACGUUGCGCAAGGGGUACGGCUCAUUCCACCAGCAGUACAUUUUCGAUGGGAAGAUAAUCUGUGUGGGAGUCAUCGACAUACUUCCCUCCCUUGUCUCAUCCAAGUACCUGUACUAUGACCCUGAUUAUGCAUUUCUCUCCCUUGGGACUUACUCUGCUUUAAGAGAGAUAGCAUUUGUUCGAGAGUUGCAUAGGCAGUCUAAAGCCAUGCUUUACUACUACAUGGGCUUUUAUAUACACUCAUGUCCAAAAAUGAGGUACAAGGGUGGGUAUUACCCAUCCUACCUGGCAUGUCCAGAGACGUACGACUUCUACCUCGUGGAGAAGUGUGCGCCCAUGUUGGACGAGAAGAAAUACUGUCGCUUCUCUGACAGUGAUAAAAAGGACAAGAACGGUGUCGUAGAUCUGGAGAAUGUGAUGGUUCUGUUCCAACGUCAAGCGAUGCCCUACACCGUGUACAAAGCUCUCAGCAUGAGAAAGUCCACAGACACGGCCGAGGUCACAGAGUAUGCAGGCUUCGUCGGGAAGAAGUGUGCAGAGCGUAUGCUACUGUUUAGGAAAUAGUUGGUCUCAUUCUGUGAUUCUUAUAUUUUAUAAUUUAUAAUAAAUGUGUCUUUCGUGGUUAUCUCCUGAAUCGUUUGUGUGUUAGUGUGUUUUGGCGCAUUUUGUUGGAGGAUAAAUUGAGAGUUUAAGUUUUGGGACGCCCUCAAUGUGGUUUUGGGCUUUUGUCAAAAAUUUAUUUGCGAACCCAGUUUUCUGCCAGUGUCUGCAUCUGGGCAAAAGUAUUUUCUGAGAAGUAACAUCUUUUUUAAUGAAAUUUUCCUAAGUGGACUUAGACUUGCACAAUCACAAGUAAAGGAAAGUCAAGAAAAUUCCUCCAAAGUUUGCCGUUUCAUAAUUGGACACUAUAGGAAUUUUUUAUUGAGUGUUAUCUGACCGUAAGUCUUAGAUUGCAUCGACGAAUUUGGGCCUUGAGGUCUUACUUACUACUUUACAUAUACAGUGCUCCAGCUAGGCCUAAAUUGAAGGGCGCCCAGCCCUGCCCUUCAGAACCUCCGCCAUGCCCUUCCUUGGGCCCCCUCCUGCAUUUAAAAAAAACAAAAACAAAAAACAUAUGAUGAUUAAUAAAUCUCUUAUUACAAUACAUUGCAAUUAAUUUAUUCCUCAUUGUAGACAUUAUAUUUGAAUUGUUUAAUAAUAAUGGGAAUAAUAUAUUCUAGCAACUAUUAAUAAAUAAAUUAACAUAUAAGAGGAAGCUUCCAGAAACGCCUGGGUGCUCGAAAGUGCCCUUUUGACAAAAUACUGUGCGUCCAAAGUGCCCUUUUGACAAAAUACUGUGCGUCCAAAGUGCCGUUUUGACAAAAAAGCCCCCUGCCCUUUUCAAAUCCUAGCUGGAGCACUGCAUAUAAGUGAUUUUUUUUCUCAUAUUUAUUUUUAUCGCCAUGCCUUUCUAUAAUUAUUCAUAUGAACAUUGCAAUUUCCAAGUCUCUUCUUUAUUCAAAGUCUUUUGAUGCUUUAUUGUACAUUACAUAUAUUGAUAAUGUAGGUGGAUUCCAUAACUUAAAUUGUAGUGUGUUUGUUUUUAAAGUAAGUGGUAAUUUGAACAUAUUUGUAAUAAAAUUCAAUAAAUAAUUUACCAACUUA